CAUCGAGUUUAAGCUUUCCAUAUCAAAAUCCGGAUCUCGCAAAUUCGGAAUAGGCACGUCGCUGUGAAAAGAUUGCCCCGCAGAAGACUCCGCCAUUUUUGGUGAAUUUUCUUUGUUUAGUAAGUCAGAACCGAGACAGCCAAUGCUCUCUAUAAACUCGUCAACCAGCUGCUCGCGAUUAGCAGAAACGUUCGAAGUGCCACCAUUAAACUUUUGGUCAGCCCCGACCGCAACGGGAGCAUCCGCGGAAUACGCGCCCUCCUUACUCUCAGACCCAUCUUCUGAGAUCUCGAAAUCGUCUAAGACCUCUUCAAAAAAAAAGUCAGCUCUCUGUUUACGACGGAUAAAGCAACGUAAAUUUUUUUCAAAAAAAAUUUUAAAACCAUACCGUCAAGCAAUUCGUCCAAAUCAGCGGGCAUAGGUAUCGGGCCAAGCCGAGAAAAAAAAUAACAUCAGCCAAAAACAGUUUUUUUUUCUGCUGUCUAAGCAGACGCCUUUUUUUUUGCGCACCAUGAGUUCGCAAAAAAUUUACCCCAAUUUUGAAGCUCUCAAACUAAAUGCUACAGAUGACUUGCCCUAUCCACUAUCUAUAGACAGCUCUGUAAUCAACCGAUCAGACGAGGUUAUCAAAACCCUUACUUCUCCUGAGAAAAGGCCCUCGGAAGUGCUCUCUUAUCUCCAAAGGCAAUCAGAAUGCAUCCAAAGCAUGAAGUCGCUGAUAAACAAACAGCUUCAGUUUCUGCAAGUCGAGGAAAUUAUUCUGAGAAAUAAAUUAAAACAAAUACCACAAAAAGGAGCGCAAAAUGUGCAGUUCAAUGAAGAAACGACCAAUAAUGCCAAAAAUUUAGGACCUUUGUAUUUCGACACUGAGAUGAGCUCGCUUUCAUCAUCCCAGAUGUGCGAGGUGGUACAGUACUCGUCUCCAUCUGAGAAUGAUAAAGCAAAUGCAGACGAUAUCGACCUUUUGAUGCUUUCAUUAGAUUCGGGAUUAAACACCGAACUCGAUAAGAGCGAUGACGAUGAAGACGACGAAGCUAGUAAUGCAGCGAUCAUAGAAAUGAGGAAACUCAUAGCCGACCAUAAAUCCAAAACCAGACCAUAA